GGGGUCUUCGUUGUCCACAACAUGUCUCACAAUUUCCAGUCCAAUGGAGACAACGACUGCCAGUCAGUCUAGGACAACAACCAGUCAGUCAGGAGAGACAACCCUUCCGUCAAGGGAGACAACCACCCAGUCAAGAGAGACAACCACCCAGUCAAGGAUGACAACCACUCAGUCAAGGGAGACAACCACAUACAACAGCACUAAUUCUGGAUCGACAACAUUAGGACAAAAGUGCGCUCAACAAAACGAUUUACAGCAAUGUUAUCCAUUAAGUGCUGUAGUCGUCCCUCUAGUAGUAACCUCACUACUGAUUACUGUAACCAUGGUAGUCCAUUUUAUCCUUUAUAGAAAAAGACUUGCACUCGUGAAACAGCCAGAGUAUACUGAAGCCGUCAUGACGUCACCAAACCCUGUCCAUUAUGACAGUCUAGAUCUCUCCCGGGUGGAACCUCCCAACCUGUACGCCGACACCUCUACUCGACAGAUGUACGUCAAUACAGCGAUGGAAUCAUAAAUACCACAUAUUCAUAUUCUGUACACCAGAAGUUCACCCCAAAUCCUUUCAUCCGACAAACGAAAUUCCAUGGUGGUUUCUGUUUUAUACCAUGGUUUAUAUAUAUAUAGGAUAUGAAUGGUCUAAGUGAAGUUUUGUGUAUUACUUCUGCACAAUGUUUCAUCAGAUCACAAAAAUGAGACGACUGUUUUGGGGAUAUAUCAUGUUCAUAGUAAGUAUUUGAAUCUCUUAAGUAAGUAGUGUAUUGCUUUAUGAAAUAACAUCGGACAACAUUUUCUUCUAAGAAAUACGUAAAAAUAAUAAUGUUUAAUCGAAAGGUGGAAUCAAUUAUUGUAAAUGAUGCAUACAUUGAUUAUGAAUAACGUUACUUAACGAAUAUUUCUACAUAGGGACAGACAUGGCGUGUCAGAUAACGUAAAAGGAAGCGUAGUAAUACAAUGAAACAAUGAAAAUAGUUCAACAUUGUUGAUUGGAUUGCAUGGAUAAUGCUUG